UGAUUUGCUUUAACGCAGGGGAAUCAGUUCGUACUUAUCUUCUCUCUCUAUCUUUCUGAUUGGGGUUUACUUCUCUCUUCUGUCUCUCUCUCUUGCGCAACCCAAAGAGUGAGUCUUCGUUCUAUAAUAAUACACAAGGGAGAGAGAACAGAAGCGGAGAGGAGAGGUGAGGAGAGGUAGAAUGUCGUCGAAGAAGAAACCAUUCAGCGGCUCCACCAUGACGCUGAAGGACUUUCAUGGCGGCUCCAUCCCCUCUGAUCUUCCCCUACCUUCUGCUCCUGGAGUCAUUGUAAGACCUUCCGAUCGUCCUGGUUUUGAGCGUCAGAUCCCGAACGCCUGGGGAAAUCCUGUGGGCAGAUCCGAUCAUCGUCCACGGCCAGGGUCUUCUGGCGCAACUCGUAAUUUUGACGAGAAAACUUCUCUCCUGUCGCACCCUUCUCACAUCGGCCGGAACUUCGAUGAGGAUGAACGCAAGCCAUUGGAUGGCGUGUCUGCCCCUCGUCGAACCGUCAGUGAUGAAAGCCUCCAUGUUCCACCUAGUCGUCCGGAGCAGAAGCCAGAUUCUAUGGUUUCUGGGAAGUUACAGAUUUCAACCUCUGUUUCUCACUCAUCAAGUGCGGCUCCUAGUACCUAUCCAACGAAAUUCACUGGAGCAGCUGCCAUGGGGAUGAACCAUCAAAUCCAAGCUGGUUCUAACGGUCAGGUUAUUGCUAGUUCCCAUCCAAAUGCGUGGGGGACGAGGAAGGAGAUUGUUGGUGUUGGUGAUCCGGUGGCUUCUUCUGCCUUUUCUGGUCCUGUUGCUCUCUCCAGAUUUGCACAAGCUAGUGCCCUUGAGAAGGUCUCAUCGGGUCGAUGGCAAUCUAAGCAUACGAUCAAUAAUUCCCCUGAUGUUGAAGUGAAUAGAUUGUUUGACGCAGAGAGUGAUUUUCGCUAUAAAGAUAAUAGUGCAUAUAUUGGUGUUGCCCCAGUGAGUGAAAGGGGCGACCACGAUGCAGUGCGGGGAAGGUACACUGAAAGGUGUCGCAUUACCGAUGAUGGAGCCCGUGGUAGUGUGAAGGAGUUGCCAGACUAUGAGAAGGCGAGGUCUCCCUUGCAUCCAGAUGCAACAGAGAGGGUGAGGUCUCCCAUAUAUCCCGAGACAAAGGAUCGAAGCUUGCCGAUUUAUCCUGAUGGUGUUCGGCCUGCUUCCACUGAAGGUAAAUUUGUUGGGCUCCAAAAUCAAUCAUCAAUGCCUUCAGAAGCAUCUGAGAGGCCUAAACUGAAGCUCCUUCCUAGGUCAAAGCCAUUGGAGACUUCAGAACUGCCAUUUGUGGAAAAUAAGCAGCAGGGUUACCAAUCUGUUCAUAUGGAAGUUAUCAAUGAACCAAAUGCGAAUGCAAAUCCUCCAAAAUUGGGGUCAGCUGGAUCUGAAGUGGUGGGGAACUCAACAUUGAACUCAACAUUCGAUCGCCCCAAAUUGAAUUUAAAACCCCUUUCACAGCUUCUAGAACAACGGGAAGAAAUUGAAAGAGGAAGGAAAUCAUUGUUUGGCGGUGCACGCCCUCGUGAAUUGGUUCUGAAGGAGCGCGGUAUUGAUGAUGUAGCUUUCAACAAUGUUGACGCUACUCAACAACCCACCAGGGUUAACAAUGAGCUUACCAAGACUGAAACAAAGCCUGAGGUUGCAGUUCUGUCUGCCAGAUGUGGUGAAAGGGCUGGGAAUUUCUCGCUUGAUCAGAAGAUUGGAAGGGAUUCUGAGAGGAAAGAUCACCGGCUAGACAAUGAGAAAACAGAGGCACAGAGGGGUUCUUGGCGGAAUGAGAACCGGAGGAACAGUAGGGAGACCGAAAAGCAGCAGGAACGGCUUCCUGAGCCCGAAACUUGGCGCAAGCCUGUUGAGCAAGCUAAACCAUUUCAACCUGAUGCUCCAGGUGGGUUACGCUAUGGAAAAGCAGCUUCCGCCUUGGAGCUUGCCCAGUCAUUCUCUAGGUCAGCCUCUGAUGCAAAGGCAGCUGAUCGGUUCUCUGGCCAAAGGGGUCAUCCUGGCCAAAACCAGAUCCCUUUUUCACGGUUGACUGAUACUCGAGACUUCUAUUCGGGGCCUACUCCAAGGCAUCAGAUCAAUGGUUACUAGAGCAUGGAUGUGGUGAUUUUUAACUCUAGUUAUGAUGUGGCACUAGGCAUUUGGAAGAGAUGAGCCUGGCAUUCUCUCUGUAGGGGCUCACCUGAAAAUUUUCAGGCUUACAUAACAUAUGGCUGUUGCAAAAGAUGGAUUUCACUGUUUCAGGUUGGGUGAGUUUGCUUUCUGCUUUUCCGCCAUUUUCCUUUUUUUUUUUCUUCUGUUUUCUUUAUUUAUUUCGAAGAAUUUAAAAUCCGAUAAGAAAAACAAUUUUUAUUGGACCUUACCAGUGAGGACAGCUCCUUGUUAGAAGGUCCUUGGAAGAUUGGAAGGAGAUUUCUGUGUCACGGCUUUGAUUGUUAGCUGAUCCUUGGAAUUUUAGGAUGGUGGAUCAGAUUGGAAUAAGAAAUAUGGUCCAUCCGUUCGCUUAAUUUGAAUCACAAGCCUCUGGCCUAUUGAUCAAA